GAGCCGCGGCGAUGGCGGUGCAGGCGGCGCUGCUCAGCUCGCACCCGUUCGUGCCCUUCGGCUUCGGGGGCUCGGCGGACGGGCUCGGGGGCGCCUUCGGAGCAGCCUUGGAGCCGGGCUGCUGCUUCGAGGACGACGAGAGCGGGGCGGCGGCGGGCGCGCUGCUGUCGGGAGCCGAGGGCGGGGACGUGCGCGAAGCCACCCGCGACCUGCUCAGCUUCAUCGACUCGGCGUCCAGCAACAUCAAGCUGGCCCUGGACAAGCCGGGCAAGUCGAAGCGGAAGGUGAACCACCGCAAGUACCUGCAGAAGCAGAUCAAGCGCUGCAGCGGCCUCGUGGGCGCCGCGCACCCGGGUCCGCCCUCGCCCGGCGCGGCCACCGACGCGCCCGCCAAGCGCCCUCCGGUCACCCCGAGCUGCGCCCCCGCCGCCCCCGCCCCCGCCGCGGUCACGCCGGGCCCGGGCAAGGCCGGCCCGCGCAGGGAGGCGUCCCAGGCCGCCGCGGCCUCCAGCCUGCAGAGCCGGAGCCUGGCCGCGCUCUUCGACUCGCUGCGCCACGUCCCCGGGAGCGCCGAGCCCGCCGCGGGGGCCGUGACCUUGCCGGCGGCGGCCGCGCUCGGGGCGGCGGGCCUGGGAGGGGACGCGGCGGGCGUCUCGGCAGUCCCCGGUACCAAGAAGGUCCCGCUGCGGGCUCGCAACCUGCCGCCGUCCUUCUUCACCGAGCCGUCCCGGACGGCCGGCGGCGUGGGCGGCUGCGGCCCGUCGGGGCCCGGCGUGAGCUUGGGCGACCUGGAGAAAGGCGCCGAGGCCGGGGAGUUCUUCGACCUGCUGGCGCCCGACUACGGCGGCGGCGGCGACGCGGGCGUGCUGCUGUCCGCCGAGCCUCUCGACGUCUUCCCCGGCGCAGCGGCGGGCCUGCGGGGACCCUUGGAGCUCGAGCCCGGCCUCUUUGAGCCGCCGCCGGCCGUGGUGGAGAACCUCCUGUACCCGGAGCCCUGGAGCGCCCCGAGCUGUCCCCAGACCAAGAAGCCGCCCCAGGCUGCAGCGCGAGCGGGCGGCUUGACCUUGAACGAGCCCUUGCGCCCCCUGUACCCCGCCGCCGCCGCGGACUCUCCGGGCGCGGAGGACGCGCCCGCCGGCCCCUUGGCCUCUCUGGCUCCCUUCUUCCCAGAUUGCGCCCUGCCGCCGCCCCAUCCGCUCUCCUACGAUUACGGCGGCGCGGGCUACGGCCGCGGGGCUUUUUCCGGCCUCUGGAGACCCGACGGCGCCUGGGAAGGGGCGCCCGGGGACGAGGCGCCGCACCGAGACUGACCCUUCCCGCCGGGCCGGCCGCCUGGAGCUGUUGUGGGCGCGCCCUCCUGGGGGGAUCCCUCCCGAGCCCAAGAACGAUGGGGAAAAUGCACGUGGAGAUGAAACGGGAUUAAA